AUGACGGCUCGGAGUACCUCUGCUCCUUCGGUCAUUGAGAUCAAGUCCGGUGACGACAAAAGACCCAAGAGACCGACUCUUCAGACGCCCCUUUCGGCCUCAUAUCCCUCGGAAGUCAAAAGCCCUUUUCCAGGUACACCAAGCUUCAUCAAGAGGGAAGAGAACAUCAAAACGCCUGUCACUCCUCCGGUCGCCUAUCUGGACUUCCUGAAGUCAAUGCCAACCGGCCUGGCGAGUCCGCUUACUACAGGAACCAGCUCGAAGUUCCACUUUCAGGACAAAGUUCCUAGCGAAGCCAUCGAGGAAGUAGAUGAAAAGUCCCCAGAUGCCACGCCUGAAGCCGUCCAGCCGACACUCUCUCGCACCAACUCUACCAGCUCCGAGUCUUCUACUACGUCUGUGAUUUCAAGUUCGACCGAGUCUGUGCAUUCAGUGUCUAGCACGGUUUCAGAGACCAAGGAGACCAAGCGCAAGGCCAAGCCACGGUCACCCCGGGUCAUUAUACCUCCUUCUCCAUUUGCCAAACCUCGGUCUGCAAAGCUUCCUAGAGGUAUCCAGGUCCCUCCUUCUCCCAUGUCACCGGCCAAUCUUCGCUCGCCAAUGAGCGCUCGUACCCACUAUGAGCCUCACAGUGCAUCUGCUCUGAGUGGUGCACCAUGGAGUGCUACAUAUUCACCCACGGAAGCUGAAAGCAGCACGACCAGCAAGAUGAGUGUUCGUCAAGUGGUGACAAGGACAGUGACCUACUCACGAACACCACUCGAUCCAGCACCAAAGGGCAAGAGGAGAAAGAUCGAGGAAUGA